GCCCCCUCCUUCCUCCCUCAGCCCGGCCUCCUUCCUCGCCCGCCCGCGCGCUCCCUCUCUCUCUCUCUCUCUCUCUCUCUCGGCCCUUCCGACGCCAGCAGCGCCCGCGUGCCGCUCGCCCAGCCCCGGGGGGGGAGCCGAGGAAGUUUCCCGGGCCGCACGCUCCCGCUCGCUCGCUCGCGUCCCAUCCUCACCCGCCGCCGCGCCCGCCAUGCCCUCGGCCAAACAAAGAGGCUCCAAGGGCGGCCACGGCGCCGUGAGCCCCUCGGAGAAGGGCGCCCACCCGUCGGGCGGUGCGGAUGACGUGGCGAAGAAGCCGCCACCGCCGCAGCAGCCGCCGCCGCCCGCGCCGCACCCUCCGCAGCACCAGCACCAGCACCCGCACCCGCACCCGCAGCAGCAGCAGCAGCAGAACCAGGCGCACGGCAAGGGCGGCCACCGCGGCGGCGGCAAGUCGUCCUCCGCCGCCGCCGCCGCCGCCGCCUCGUCCUCGGCGUCCUGCUCGCGCAGGCUGGGCCGGGCGCUCAACUUUCUCUUUUACCUCGCCCUGGUGGCCGCGGCCGCCUUCUCGGGCUGGUGCGUCCACCACGUCCUGGAGGAGGUCCAGCAGGUCCGGCGCAGCCACCAGGACUUCUCCCGGCAGCGGGAACAGCUGGGCCAGGGCUUGCAGGGCGUCGAGCAGAAGGUGCAGUCUCUGCAAGCCACGUUCGGGACUUUUGAGUCCAUCUUGAGGAGCUCUCAACACAAACAAGAUCUCACAGAGAAAGCUGUGAAACAAGGGGAGAGUGAGAUCAACCGGAUCAGCGAAGUUCUGCAGAAACUCCAGAAUGAGAUUCUCAAAGACCUCUCGGAUGGGAUCCACGUGGUGAAGGAUGCCCGAGAGCGGGACUUCACGUCUCUUGAGAAUACAGUGGAGGAACGACUGACGGAGCUCACCAAGUCCAUCAACGACAACAUCGCCAUCUUCACUGAAGUUCAGAAGAGGAGCCAGAAGGAGAUAAAUGACGUGAAGGCGAAGGUUGCCUCUUUGGAAGAAUCUCAGGGGUACAAGCAGGACUUGAAAGCCUUGAAGGAAGUUGUGAAGGAAGUACAAGCCUCCGUGAAGUCCAAAGACAAGGACAUUGAGGCCCUGAGAAGCUCCCUCCAGACCGUGGAGUCUGAUGUGUACACAGAGGUCAAAGAGCUGGUGAGCCUCAAACAGGAGCAGCAGAAGUUCAAGGAGGCAGCUGAUUCGGAGCACCUCACCUUGCAGACCCUCAUGGAAAAGGUUCUCCAGUCAGAGGAGUCCAUUUCCCGCCUCCCGGAGGCGAUCAGGAGGCUUGAGGAGGAUCUCCACCAACUCAAAGCUGAAUCCAGCAGGCCAGAAGAAGACAGAGUUUUCAAAAACUCCGAUGCCUUAGAAGUGCUCCAGGAAAAGAGCCAGGGAUUGGACUCCAGGCUCCAAACUGUUGAAGAUGGAGUCCAUUCCAUGCAGACGGCCUCUGCGCAGCAGACGGAGAACCUGGAAUCCCUCCUGUCGAAGACUGAGGAGCACGAGCAGCGCCUGAGUGCCCUGCAGGAGCGUGUGCAAGGCCUGGGGUCCUCCUCGGAGGCAGACAAGGACGGCUUGGCCAGCUCCGUGAGGAGCCUGGGGGAGGCGCAGCUCUCUCUGUACGCAGACGUGGAGGAGCUGAAGAGAAGCGUGGGCGAGCUCCCCAGCACCUUGGAAGCACUUCAGAGGGUGCAGGGGCAGGUUCACACGCUGCUCAGUCAGGAUCAAGCCCGGGCCACCCCGCUGCCUCCUCAGGACUACCUGGACAAGCUUUCUUCUCUAGACAACCUAAAAUCCUCAGUAACCCAAGUGGAGUCAGACUUGAAGAUGCUCAGGACUGCCGUGGACAGCUUGGUCGCAUACUCAGUCAAAAUAGAAACCACUGAGAACGACUUGGAAUCAGCCAAGGGUUUACUAGAUGACCUGAGGAAUGAUCUGGAUAGGUUGUUUGUGAAAGUCGAAAAGAUUCAUGAAAAAGUCUAAAUGCAUUGUGUGUGUAGGGUGCGGAUUUACAGUCCAAUUUCUCAUGACCAAAAAAUGUGUUUUUUUUUUUUCUCCCAACCCUUUCGUCACCUCUUCCCACACCCCCUCUCCCAAUUUCUUGUCGCCUCUUAAAGAGCAGUAGAUGUCACCUGGAACACCAAGACGUUGUAUUUUUGUGCCCGGUUAAUUUAGUUACAAUCAUUACCACACACCGUUGUUUCUUAAAUUUUCUGCUGCUUUUGGUUGGUUUCCUAAAAGCCCAAGCCCGGUGAAUCAGAGGUGGCUUUCAGAAAGGUAUGUCUCUAGCAUCAGAGAGCAAAGAUAGCUGCUUCAGCCAGAGAUUAGCAGAAGUAUAUUAACCCUAACCUCAGAAAACAUACAAAAAAUGAAAAACAAACAAACCAAAUGCCUGGCUUGACAGAUUUCAAGUAAAAAAAAACGGGGUGGAGUGGGCACUUUUCUUUCUAAUUGUUUUGAGAAAAAUUAAUUUUACUUUUUUUUUUAUAUAUAUACACUUCUGGUUGACGGUUUCAUGAGAUGUCUCUCAUUUCUUGUCUUCCACUUUUAACUGGUUAAAACUCAAGUGUCAGCUCUUAGUUGGGAGGGGGCGAAAAACCUCUUGGUCUUCCGAUUGAAUCUGCUGGCUACUUGAGGGUCACCUCCCCGUGGAGUGGGUGUCUUUUCCAUUCCUGAAUCAUCUAGUGAUAUCAAAGGCAACUAUGCAAAGAAUUCAGAUGGUUCUGAAUGUUAAGGCACAGCACCCCGCAGAGUCCCCAGUGGCCUGCCUGUGGCAGCUCUCCUGGUUGAGUCAACCAAUAAUGCAUAGAUUUAGACUCCCUGAAAGGGGAGUCCUGGGAUUCUUUCAAGAGAUGUAUUAUUCUCUCCUAAGCUGUUCACAAAGGAAUGGGGUGGGUCCCUGGGGGAAUGCAGGCCGUCUCUAUUUUAACAGGCUGUCCAUGAAGAGGUUUGCUGUGGGAGCAGACCCCCAUCUGUCAGUGAACGAAGCGUGCACUGCGUUUCUGUAAUUGUUUGCUGUAUCCCUUUGCCUUUGAGCUGUACUGUUCUUCAAUGGCUGUCUUGCCCUUCAAAAAAAGAAAAAAAAGAAAAAAAAUGAAAAGAAAAAAAAAGGGUUGUUUAGUUUACUGUGAAAUGAACUGUAUGGCUUAUUUACAGUAUUUUUAAUUCUUAAUAAACAUUUGAGCUUU